AUGCCUAUGCCUCGCUUUGUCGCAGAGGGCCUCACUGAGGAAUACUUUGACGAAGUCGCCUGGCCGGCCUACAAGGCGUACCACUCUCACCAUGAGCCUGAAGAUGAUGGCUCCAGGCCCGCGACAUACAGGGAGCUCUUGAGAUGGGCUAUGGACCAAAUCUUCAGGGUGAAUGGGGUUGUUGGACAUCCAUACCGGAAUGGUCAAGGAGACCAGCAAAGCCAAGGACGAGAGCAAACUAAUGAGCUACUCGAGGCAGAUGGGAUAUUAGGGUGGAAGAGACAACUUGUCACCGAGGCUUGGUCAUGGGGCCACUUCAUAUUGAGUUCUCGCAAGACGCAGCUUUUGAAGCAUUAUCAACCAAGGACUCUCCUUCUUUGCUUGAUUCGUUGUCAACUACGCUCUUUUCCAGAAUCGAAGCUGGAAGUAUUGGGGCUCGACUCUACCGAAGAGUUGCUUCCAUGGAGGGCCUCCAUUCUGACUGCCGACGAGACGGGAUGGACCUCGACGAUGUUCAAGAAGCACCUUCAAUUAGCUAGUGGUAUCGCAACGUGGAGUUAUGUGCCUGUCCCCACGUCUCUCUAUGGUUUCGAACCUGACGCAUUCCCUCGACGGGGUCCCUCGACGCAUUCCCUCCACAAUGACCCGUUUUCCUUCCAAGUUUUUGUAUUGAAUACUUGCCAUGAUUUUUUUGGUUGGCUCUCAGAAGAGCAGGAUAGGAGGAGUACCAUUUCCGAGAUCAUCGUAAAGUUGGGGAUGCUCGAAGUAAUCGUCCCAGCGCCUCGGCAGCCUGCUGUCUCCAAACCUCUUCACGAACGUCGUUGA